AUGUGGGUUUCUUUCAAAGAUUCGUUCAAGCGGGCUGAACAGACUGAAACUUUGACUGCUGCAGACUAUGAUGAAGAGAAAGAGUUGACCAAUAUAGAAAGGAUAAACAUAAACGCAGCCAAUUCUACACUUAAAAGAAAAUUGAAGUCUAGACAUUUAGAAAUGAUUGCCAUUGGCUCUUCUAUAGGGACUGGUUUAUUUGUAGGUUGUGGAGGUGCAUUGAGAACUGGUGGUCCAGCUGGUCUCAUCAUUGGUUGGCUAGUUACAGCUACUGGGGUAUUUGCUACAAUGCAAGGAUUAGGUGAAUUGUCAGUAACUUUCCCUGUCAGUGGUGGUUUCAAUUUGUUCGCAAGUCGUUUCAUAGAGCCUGCGGUAGGGUUUGCUAUUGGCUGGAAUUACUUCAUGCAAUUUUUCGUAUUGCUCCCCUUAGAGCUUGUUGCUGCUUCGAUAACAAUCAAGUACUGGAAUGAUGAUAUCAACUCAGAUGUGUUUGUCAUCAUCUUUUGGUUAUUUAUAGUGUUCCUCACUUUGUUGGGUGUCAAGGCAUAUGGAGAAGCAGAAUUCUAUUUCUCGCUUAUCAAGGUAUUAGCAGUUAUUGGAUUCAUUAUAAUGAGCAUUGUGUUGGUUUGUGGAGGCGGUCCUACUCACGAGUUUGUUGGAGGUGUCAACUGGCGAACACCUGGGCCGUUUGCCAAUGGUUUCAAAGGAGUAGUUUCAACACUUGUUACUGCAGCUUUCAGUUAUGGAGGCACUGAGAUGAUUGGUCUUACAGCUGCUGAGACUGAAAACCCUCGCAAGACUCUUCCAAGAGCUAUCAAGCAAGUUUUCUGGAGAAUCUGUUUGUUUUACUUAGGCUCCUUGACCAUGGUUGCAACUUUGGUCAAUUACACAGACAACAGAUUGAUCGGGUCAUCUUCUGUAGAUGCAACUGCUUCUCCAUUUGUGAUUGCCAUUGUCAAUGGAGGUAUAAAGGGUUUACCAAGCGUCUUGAACGCUGUAAUUUUGAUUGCCGUUUUAUCAGUUGGAAACGCUUCUGUAUAUGCUACAUCCAGAUCCUUGAACUCGCUUGCUGAACAAGGAAUGGCUCCAAAAUGGACCGGAUAUGUCGAUAGAGCAGGAAGACCUUUGGUGGCUAUUUUGAUAACCGAUGCUUUCGGACUUUUUGCUUUGAUUGCAGCUAGCAACAAACAAGUAGAUGUGUUCAACUGGUUGCUUGCUUUAUCUGGACUCAGUUCUAUCUUCACUUGGUUAGCCAUUAAUGUCAGUCAUAUCAGAUUUAGAGCUGCCAUGAGAGCUAAAAACAGAUCUUUGGGAGAACUUGCCUACGUUUCUCAAUGUGGAGUCUGGGGUUCUUACUACGGUGCCAUAUUGAAUUCACUAGUUUUAGUUGCUCAAUUUUGGAUAGCUAUUUUUCCACUUGGAGGAAAGCCCAAUGCUAGUGACUUCUUCUUGUCCUACUUAGGAUUUCCAGUUCUUUUGGCUUCCUGGCUCUUCUACAAGGUAUGGAAGAAGGAUUGGACCCUCUUUAUCCGUGCCAAAGAUAUCGAUGUAGAUACUGGCAGAGCCAACAUAGACUUGGAUGUCUUGCAACAGACUAUCGCUGAAGAAAAAUCACAGCUUUCUGAAAAACCUUUCUACGUGCGGUGGUAUAAGUUCUGGUGUUGA